AUGACCGACUUGAAAGUCGAACGUUGUGUCCUUUGUUUGGACGCAAAACAUUUACCGGUUACAAUACAUUGCGGGCAUUCGUUUUGUGGUGAAUGUUUGAAACGAUACAAGUCCUAUAAAAAACAUACAUGGGCCAAAAAAUGUCCUAUUUGUCGCAGUGAAUUCAAGGAUAAGAAACGUAUGAAACCAUCUUCAUCGUUAGAAAUAUCCUCUAAUGCUACUUCAGUUGAUACAAUGAACGAAAAUAGUUUAUUGGAACAAUUUAUAGCCAUGGCCGCUGAUGAUGGUGAGGUUGCGAUAAAGGGGUUCCAAAGUCGAAUUUCAGUGAAUAGUAUUUCAGGUUCUGUUGACAAUUUCGAAGAAGGCAAUGAUGAUGAUUUUGAACCUAUGGACGAUGACGAUUCCGAUGAAGAUAUAUAUUAUUAUUUUGAAGAUGAUGUAUCUUCGUAUCAUAAUUUGGAAUCCAAUGAUGCAGAAAAUGUUAUUAUUGUUGAUGAUUGA